AUGGCGGCGGCAAACAAAGGCGACUUGCGGACAUUUUGUGUAGAUUUGGAUCAGAUUCCAGAGUAUGUUAAUGACUUUACUCUCUGGAAACUUGUUAUUAACAUAUUUGCGGAACCACCUAGGAGAAAUAAACUUCGACAUGUUAAUACUCUCGACGAUAUAGUAAGAUUACUAAAAGGUGCUCAAAAAAUAAUAGUAUUGACCGGUGCGGGUGUUUCGGUAUCGUGCGGAAUACCCGAUUUCAGGUCAAGGGAUGGUAUUUAUUCCAGACUAGCCAUGGAUUUUCCUAAUUUACCCGAUCCACAAGCAAUGUUUGAUAUCAGUUUCUUCACUCAAGACCCGAGGCCCUUUUUCAAAUUUGCUAGAGAUAUAUACCCAGGCAAAUUCAAACCAAGUCCCUGCCACAGGUUUAUAAAAUUAUUGGAGAAACACAAUAAACUUCUUAGAAACUACACUCAAAACAUUGAUACUUUGGAGAAAGAGGCACAAAUUGAAAGGGUUAUUGAAUGUCAUGGUUCCUUUGCUACAGCCACAUGCACCAGGUGCGACCAUAAAGUAAAUGCAGAUGCAAUAAGGGAUAUUGUUUUGGCACAGAAAAUUCCACUUUGUGAAAAGUGUCACGCCAAUGAAGGAGAUUCAGUUUCAACAGACGAUCUUGGAUGUGAAACAACAAAUUAUAAGGAUUUGGUUCACUCUGGUAUAAUGAAACCGGACAUUGUAUUCUUUGGAGAAGGUCUUCCAGACACGUUUCACGAAGCCAUGACUGCCGAUAAUUCCGAAUGCGACUUGCUACUUGUCAUCGGCAGUUCGCUCAAAGUCCGACCUGUUGCUCUCAUUCCCAGUUCUCUUCCAGCCAACGUUCCGCAAAUCCUUAUCAACAGAGAACCGCUACCUCACUGUCAUUUCGAUGUCGAACUAUUAGGAGACUGUGAUGCCAUUAUCAAUCACAUCUGCAGACUGUAAGUAAAAUGCUUUUUUAUU